GCGCUGUGUUUCAUUCUCAGAACAGACACUGAGAGAAACGGGGCUGCCUGAGCUUUGUGUUGAAACUAAAUCUCAUAUAAACCUGACUCAUGCAGUAAAACAACACAUUCAUGAGAGGCCAGUAGAGUACCGUGGAAGAAAAGUUGACGAGAAUGGAGUUUCCUCAGCAGCAAAAAUCUGCAGAUGGAAAAGUCAUCUAUCCCCCCGGAGUCAAGGAGAUCACAGAUAAAAUCACAAACGAUGAAGUUGUCAAACGACUGAAGAUGGUGGUGAAGACGUUCAUGGAUAUGGACCAGGACUCUGAGGAUGAGAAACAGCAGUACCUCCCACUGGCUCUGCACUUGGCCUCAGAAUUCUUCCUCAGGAACCCAAACAAAGAUGUGCGGCUCUUGGUUGCCUGCUGCCUGGCAGACAUCUUUAGGAUCUAUGCUCCAGAGGCUCCAUACACCUCGCAUGACAAGCUCAAGGAUAUUUUCUUAUUCAUUACAAGGCAGCUGAAGGGCUUGGAAGACACCAAAAGUCCACAGUUCAACAGAUAUUUUUACUUGUUGGAGAAUAUAGCUUGGGUCAAAUCUUACAACAUCUGCUUUGAGCUGGAAGACUGCAAUGAGAUUUUCAUACAGCUGUUUAAGACUCUCUUCUCUGUCAUUAACAAUAGCCACAACCAGAAAGUACAUAUGCACAUGCUGGAUUUGAUGAGUUCUAUCAUCAUGGAAGGGGAUGGGGUGACUCAGGAAUUAUUGGAUUCCAUUCUCAUCAACCUUAUACCUGCACACAAGAACUUAAACAAGCAAGCAUAUGAUCUUGCUAAAGUUCUCCUGAAAAGGACAGUACAGACCAUUGAGACAUGUAUUGCCAAUUUUUUUAAUCAGGUUCUGGUGCUGGGAAAGUCAUCAGUCAGUGAUUUAUCUGAACAUGUAUUCGACUUGAUUCAAGAGCUUUUCGCCAUCGAUCCGCAUCUUCUGCUUUCUGUCAUGCCACAACUUGAGUUUAAGCUGAAGAGCAAUGACGGGGAGGAGCGUCUUGCUGUCGUGCGACUGCUUGCUAAGCUUUUUGGAGCCAAGGACUCGGAACUGGCUACACAAAACCGACCGCUUUGGCAGUGCUUUCUUGGAAGGUUUAAUGACAUCCAUGUGCCUGUUAGAUUGGAGUGUGUCAAAUUUGCCAGCCACUGUCUGAUGAACCACCCUGAUUUAGCCAAAGAUCUCACAGAGUUCCUCAAAGUUAGAUCUCAUGAUCCUGAGGAAGCUAUUCGCCAUGAUGUAAUUGUUACCAUAAUAACUGCUGGCAAGAAAGACCUUUGUCUCGUUAACGAUCAGCUGCUUGGGUUUGUGAGGGAAAGGACGCUGGAUAAAAGGUGGCGUGUCAGGAAAGAAGCAAUGAUGGGACUUGCACAGCUGUACAAAAAAUAUUGCUUGCACCACGAGGCAGGAAAAGAUGCUGCACAGAAAGUGAGCUGGAUCAAGGACAAGCUUCUCCACAUCUAUUACCAGAACAGCAUUGAUGACAAGUUACUGGUGGAAAAAAUAUUCGCUCAGUACAUGGUCCCCCAUAAUCUCGAGACUCAGGAGAAAAUGAAGUGUCUUUAUUACCUGUACGCUUGCCUUGACCCUAAUGCUGUCAAAGCACUCAAUGAAAUGUGGAAAUGUCAGAACAUGCUGAGGAGUCAAGUACGAGAGCUUCUGGAUUUGCAUAAACAACCACCUUCUGAAGCAAACAGUACAGCUAUGUUUGGGAAGCUGAUGACUAUAGCAAAAAACCUUCCUGACCCUGGAAAAGCACAAGACUUUAUGAAGAAGUUCAACCAGGUUCUGGGUGAAGAUGAAAAGCUAAGGGUCCAGCUUGAGUUGCUGAUCAGUCCAACGUGUUCCUGCAAGCAGGCUGAAGUCUGUGUGAGGGAAAUAACCCGCAAGCUGGCAAAUCCGAAGCAGCCAACAAAUCCUUUUCUAGAAAUGGUGAAGUUCCUUUUGGAGAGGAUUGCGCCUGUGCACAUUGAUUCCGAAGCCAUCAGUGCUUUGGUAAAACUGCUGAAUAAAUCGAUAGAAGGCACUGCUGACGAUGAAGAGGAGGGUGUAACGCCCGAUGCAGCCAUCCGAUCUGGGCUGGAACUGUUAAAGGUUCUGUCUUUCACUCACCCUACCUCCUUCCACUCUGCAGAGACUUAUGAAUCCCUCUUACAGUGCCUCAAGAUGGAAGAUGAAAAGGUGGCAGAGGCAGCUAUUCAGAUUUUCAGAAACACUGGACACAAAAUAGAAACUGAACUUCCGCACAUUCGAUCAACCCUUAUUCCCAUCCUACAUCAAAAGGCAAAGCGAGGUACACCCCACCAGGCUAAGCAAGCAGUCCACUGCAUACAUGCAAUAUUCCACAACAAAGAAGUACAGCUGGCACAGAUUUUUGAGCCUCUCAGUAGAAGCCUCAAUGCUGAUGUACCUGAGCAGCUGAUAACUCCCCUGGUCUCCCUGGGGCACAUCUCCAUGCUGGCUCCAGACCAGUUUGCUUCUCCAAUGAAAUCUAUUGUUGCUAACUUCAUUGUCAAAGACCUCCUCAUGAACGACAGAUCUGUGGGCAAUAACAAUGGGAAGUUAUGGUGUCCAGAUGAAGAGGUUUCUUCAGAAGUAUUAGCAAAGGUACACGCUAUCAAACUGUUAGUACGCUGGUUGCUGGGUAUGAGAAACAAUCAGUCUAAAUCGGCCAACUCUACUCUGCGUUUACUAUCGGCCAUGCUGGUCAGUGAAGGCGACUUAACGGAACAAAAGAAGAUCAGUAAAUCUGAUAUGUCUCGUCUGCGGCUGGCUGCUGGAGGUGCCAUCAUGAAGCUUUCACAAGAACCCUGUUACCAUGAUAUCAUCACUCCAGAGCAGUUCCAGCUCUCUGCUCUUGUCAUUAAUGAUGAAUGUUACCAAGUAAGGCAGAUAUUUGCACAGAAAGUGCAUGUGGCCCUGGUGAAGUUACAGCUUCCACUUGAGUACAUGGGCAUCUUUUCUUUAUGUGCCAAAGAUCCUGUUAAAGAGAGGAGGGCGCAUGCUCGACAAUGUCUGCUGAAAAACAUUAGUAUCCGGAGGGAGUAUAUCAAGCAGAAUCCAGUGGCUCAUGAGAAGCUGUUGUCUCUUCUACCUGAAUAUGUGGUACCGUACAUGAUUCAUCUCCUGGCUCAUGAUCCAGAUUUUACCAAGCCUCAGGAUUUUGAGCAGCUUCGUGACAUCAAAGAGUGCUUGUGGUUCAUGUUGGAAGUUUUAAUGACAAAGAACGAAAACAACAGCCAUGCAUUUUUGAAAAAAAUGGUGGAUAACAUAAAACAAACCAAGGAUGCACAGGCUCCAGAUGACCCCAAGACAAAUGAGAAACUCUACAUUGUAUGUGAUAUUGCACUGUUUGUAAUUGUUAACAAAAGCACAACCUCUCUUUUGGAGUCACCCAAGGAUCCUGUACUACCUACUAAAUUUUUCACUCCACCAGACAAAGAUUUCAUAAAUGACAAGGAAUAUCUCUCAUUGGAAGCCAGAACAGCCCUCCUAACGGGAAAGCCCAAACCAGCCACUGUGUUAGGUGCAGUAAAUAAACCCCUGUCUGUCACUGGUAAGAGGCCGUACAACAGGACAGCAGGUUCAGAAACUGGAAGUAACGUCAGUGGGAAUUCAGAACCAAGCUCGCCAUCAGGAAACAAAGGAAGGGAGCAGGGCACAGAUGCUUUAGAGACAGGAGCAAGUGAGAACGAAGAGAACCCAGUUAUACUCCUCUCAGUGACUCCAGUUAAAACUGAACUUGUGCAAAACAAGGAGGUGAAUUCUGAGCAGUCUGGUACAGGCAAUGCCAGCGCCGAACGUGGAAAGCAGCGAGUGGCACCUGCUGAUGGAAGUGAGAACAUGCAUGAGAACCCAGAGGAGGACCAGACAGAUGAAAUGGGUGGACCUGAACCCCCUAAACCCAGGCGGGGACGGCCCCCCAAAUCACAGACUCCAGGCAGCACUGAGAAAAGCAGUGAGGCAAAGACAGGUGGGAGGGGGAGGAAGAGGGCAGCACCCACCCCGGAAAGUCCUGGAGGGUUGGAGGCAGCAAAUGUCAAAGUACCAAAACAGCACAAGGACACAGAGGCAAAGAAAGCACCAGCACAGAGGCAAAUGGAUUUGCAAAGGUAAAAAAAAGGACUGUACGAAGAACAAGAAAGUAAAACACCUGUUACAGGACAUCAUCUUCAGGGUACCCAUAUCUGUACAGAAGCUGAAAUUCCUUAAUUGCACAGCUGUUUGCCCUGAGAAAACAAGACACAUUUUGAAAGCGAGCUUUCUCCUCAGUGGAAAAAAAACAUUUUGAAAAAAAUACAAAAAAAAAAAAAAAAAAAAAAAAAAAAAACAACUCAUGGAACAGAGGCCCAAGCAUUUGUUCCUGCUUCAUGGAGUCUUAUUUUUUAUGGAACUUUUAAAAUAUAAAUUCAGGUCCCAAAACAUGAAUAUUUAAAUUUGCUGACAAGAUAUCAUAAUCGUUUUGCUGAAAGCAAUCUCUUUCAGGAGAGUCUCCAGGUUGACUUUAAAAAAAUUUCAAGCCAAAUAAUCCCACUGCCUACUCUAGCAAAUUUCAUUUUUGCCCAUCGUACAAUGUCAGGCGGAGGGAAAACUGGUAGGUUUUGGUGUUCUGUGUAAAACCUGUGUUCCCAGUGGAACCACAAACAUUGAAAUCUAGCAGUUGUUUCAGAGUUAAUUGUUCUAGAUAAUCAAAAUGAAUUGUACCAUUCCCAACAGAUGCUUAUCCCUGAAGUUUUACAGAUUUAGUUCUUGCCUACAUUUUUAACGAAGACAAUGUUUUAAAGGUGUAGCAGGUACUGUGGUUCUUAUACAGAGGCCUUUUAUUUUACAUUUUGUUCAGAUUUUACAUUUUUGUAACAGAAUGGAGAAGGUAAGGGUGUACAAGACCAUUUUGUUUUGGGUAAUGUUUAUUACCACAUUUCACGAUGAUGCUAAAGUAAAGGUUUUCAAAAAAAUGUUUGAUUUUAGAUGCCUGCAUAAAAAAAUUGAAACGGUUCAGAACUGUUGAUACAUUCUGUGUUUUUAGGUAUUGAAAAUAUUUUUAAACAUUUUUGCCAGUUUGUCUCCUUGUUUUUAAGCCUCAUUUUGUUUCGCGUUAGUGAAAUACUUAAUGUUGCAUUGAUAUUAUGAUUGUUCGCCAUAGUUGUGUACAGUUUAUGUACACAUGACCAUAUUUAAUUUGUUGCAUAAAAUAAAUGCUUCUAGGUGUCAAGUUGUUAUCUUUCAAAAAUAAAUCUGGGUUUGAUUUCU